GCCACCGGGCGCUGCUAUAUUUCGACCAACACGUCUCUUGUCUCCUUUCCAUUUCACACCGCGGGAGCUGCACGCCGGCCAGCGCGUGUCCAUCCAGUAUACCACGAACUCGCAACGCCAACGCCUCCUGCACUCACGUCCGACUACUGACAGCCACCUGAACCCGGCCAGACCCCCCUGACGAGUUCGCCAUGGCAGUACUAUCCCUGCCGCUGUCGUUUCAAAACUCGUUUUGGUCCCAAGACUACAGGACAGGAUUGGAGGUGCUGUACUCUCAAUUGGAGAAGGGAGUGCUUGAGAAUGAAGAGGUCGUUGCUUUCAUACGCGCCCGAGCGGCGGCAGAGAGUGCUCUUGCGGCGACCCUAAGUGCCGCGGGACCUGCAGGCAAAGCAUUCGCUGGCGAUGACGGCGCAUCGCUCCAUGUUGCGUUUAGGGGUUUGAAGGAGGAGUCCAUUGCACAGGGCAAGGCGCACGAAGCGAUUGCGGCCGAGCUGCGGGACACUGUUGCGGCCCCGUUCGACAAGUGGGCUCACGGAUACAGAGACCGACUGUGGAAUAGCAGACACAACAUGCUCGACGGGUUCAUGCACGCGUACGAAGCCGCCCAAGGAGACGUCACGAAGUUGAAGCAGGACUACCUCAACAAGAUGCGUCGCGCCGACGAGGCCGAGGAUGACGCCCGCUUCGCGCCCAUCCCGCAACCCGUCGGGGAUAAGUUCACGACAUCGCCGAGCAUGCUGCCGCGAGACAAGCCGCGCUUCCCGUCACGCACCCCGACGAUGAGCGAGCGCAUCUCGCUGCGUUUCAAGGAGCUGCGCCUGCAGGCCGGCGGUGCGACUUCCCCGGAGAAGGUCGAGGUGCAGUUUGACGCGGGCACCGACGGGGAGUCGGAGAAGGGCACGCCCAAGAUCGACAAGGGCAAGGGCCGCGCCAUCGAGGAGGUCGCCACGCCCGAGCGCAUGGCGUCUCCGCCGCCCAUGUCGCCCCCGCUGCCCCCGGCACGCAUCAACACGAACUCUGUCCCGCCACCCCCUCCGCCGCCAAUCGCCAUCGCGGGUCUGGAGAUGGCGCCCACGGAGCUGUCUGACCUCCUGAAGCGCGCGCGCGACACGAUGCCCCUGCGCCCGGUGCGCUUCCCGCUGAUUGGCGAGUACCAGGACUGCUUCAGCGGCGAGGAGUUCGCGACGUGGUUGAAGGAGAACGUGGAGGACUUCAGUGGGAGCCUCGACCAUGCGGCCUUCGCCGCGAAGGAACUCACGGAGAAACACAACCUCCUGCGACGCGUCGGAGAGUUUGGCAAUGAUUUCGAAAAUGCAAACGAUGCGUUCUAUCAGUUCAGAGCCAAGGCGUUUGAGCUGGGCAUGGCCCCUGCUGCACCUGUAGAGAAUGUCGUAUCGCCCAUCCAGAAGACGCUGUCGCCAAUGGCCGAGGCAGUUGCAACGCGCACGACUACCUUCGCCUCGCUGGUGUCGAAGGCCCUCAACACGAAUGGCAGCGCUGAGCCCCUCCACAUCCGUACGCGGAGGGAGGCGGACGCUGCUGACAGGGAGUACCGCGUCGCCGUUCGCAAGCUCGACAGGCAGCGGCUCGGUCUCGAGGAGCGUGUGGAAGAGACGCUGAAGACCCUUCAGAAGUGGGAGCUCGAUAGGCUGCGUGCAGUCAAGACAGUCCUGCGUCAGUACCAGACCGCGGUGUCCAAGCUCGCGAAGGCGUACGAGCCCUCGCUCGAGCGGUCGACCGUUCUCAUCGACUCUUACGCCCCGGAGGCGGACCUCAGGAUCUUCAUCGAGCGGAACAGGACCGGGCCCUUCCGCCCCGAGCCGCGUAUCUACGAGUCUGUCACGCACGACGAGUCCGACGUCGUGUUUGGCAUUGACCUGCGGCGUUGGGCCGAUAGCGCAAUGUGGCCUGGCUCCGAGGAGAAGAAGGAUAAGCCAGACAUCCCGCCUGUCAUUACGCUUUUGCUCAACUCCAUCGAUGCCGCGUACUCGAGACUCCCCAGUGACUCCGAGAAACGGAAGACGUGGAUCUACGACGUCCCCCUUCCUGCCGUUCACCACAUCAGAGAAGCCCUGAACGCUAUUCCUCCUGAACAGCCAUUCCCGGAUGAUAUCUUGGCGAAGUACGAUGCUCCUGUGCUGGCUGGGGCUAUCAAGCUAUGGGCUCUGGAGCUCAACCCUCCCCUCGGGAUGUACGAAGGUUGGGACGAACUGCGCAAGCUCUAUCCGACAGUCGGCUCCAAUUCCAAGGCAGAGGAUUCGCAUUCGGAGGACCAGCACAUUCUAGAGUUGCAGGCUGCCCUGCAGAGACUCCCCCGCGUCCAUCUCUUGACCCUUGAUGCCAUCGUGAAGCACUUGAAAGAGCUUAUUGCAUCUACUCCCGCUGCUGAAACUGACGAAUCCAACGAAGUAUACGUGACGAAGCUUGCAUUGACCAUGGGCCGAUCGAUUCUCCGGCCAAAACAAGAGAACGAAUUCUCAAUCCAGGACCGUCAUCCGACAUUGCUUUUCAUGGAUCUGAUUAACAAGUACGACGCGAUUGUCCCGCCUGCGAUCGAGCGCAAGAAGCGUGAGUCUCAGCGGAAGAUGCCCGUUCGUCGGCGCACGCGACCGGUGGACAUGCGCAUGAGCCGUAGUCGAAUCUCCGCCGGUGCAGACCUCAAGGAGUUGCAUGCCCAGCAAUUGGCGCAGCGGUCAGGUGUGAGGUUGUCGAAAGGCUCUCCGCCCCUCCCUCCUCCCUUACCGCCACUGCCUGCGGUUCCUGCAAGCCCAACGCCUCUCAGCCCCGAGUCACAGGAGACAUCAUCAUCAAUCAUGAAGUCUGCGGAGCCUGGAGAGGCAUUUGCGUCACCGGUUUUUCAGUCAUUGCCGGCGCAACAGGCUCCAGAGCCAGUGUAUGCUAACAUCCCUCCGCCGCCGCCUCUCACCAAGACGCCGACACCGGAACCGGCUGCAGUCCCGCCUCCGCCUCCUCUUGAAAAGCCUGCCCAACCGCCGCAUCCUGUCUUCAAGGAGCCGCCUCCGGAAUUUGAUGACCUGCCGCCUCGCCCGACGUUCAAAGAGCCGCCACCGGAGAGCGACGAUGAGUUGCCUUCGCCCGCAUUCCAGCCACCGCCAGCAUCUGUAGAGCCCUCUCCCAGACCGGCUCCCGUGGCUGUCCCAGCUGCCUUGCGCACUGGUAGCCGUCCUAGCUCACGACCCGCGUCACCCCGUGUGGCCUCUCAAGAGGCGUCGCGCAGUCCUUCGCCCACGAAGCCCUCGUCGCCCACGACGGCUUCGCUGAAUCGGACUAGCCGGGCAACGCGCGGCCCUCGACCGUCCGGUGGCGGCUCGGUGAGCAGUAUGGUGAGCAACCUCAAUAGACACUCGGUGGACCGUUCGAGCUCGCCUGGGCUGAACGGAGCCUCGGGGCUCCGCCGCAAUGGUUCGCGGCCGGGUGGAAGCACCCAUGCUAAGCGCGGGAGUAUCUCUCGUGUGACUGAAUUGUCGCGGAGAACUAUGGCUAGCGAUGCGGAGGACGAGGUUGUAGAUCGGUGAAGAGUUGGGUCUCUUGAGUUGGCUUUAUGGAUGCAAGGAGUCGUGGUACACUGUUAUGUUUGCUCUUAUCUAUGGGUUGUUGGCAAUCUAUGAUGUCAGGCCUUCAUCGCUUUUGUGUCAACUUCUUUGUACACUCAGUAUCUUGACCAUCCUGGAUUCAAGGAGGUAUUGGGCGAGGCUAACACGAAGGUAAAGCAAUGACUUCUGAUCAUUGUACCCACUCCUUCCGGUGAGCAAGGCGAUUGAGUAUCAGUUGCGGGUGUAUG